AGUCGCAGUCGUUGUUGUUGUUGUUGCUAUUGUUAUUAUUGUUGUUUGCUAAUUGCAGAGCGCAUUUGCAAAAUUAAUGUGACAAGUGACACAACAGGAACGCGAACAUUUGUUUGUUAAUUAAUUGUGUAUGUGCUGUGACUCUUGCCACUUUAUUUUGUUUUCAUAUUUUUGUUCAAGUGUGUAAUUGUGUUGGUGCUCAAAAUAAGUAUACAAAUAGAAAACAAUGUAAAUCGCGUUGCAAUGGCGUUGAGCAGCCGCAGUAGAUAUUCACAUUACAACAACUACAACUACAAAUCCCUGGGCGUCGCCAGCACGCAUCUCCGUUGGCUGGAUUGCUUCAUACGGCUCUGCUUGUUUACACGAGUUGCUAAGCUGGCAGCAUUCGCUGAGGAGGUCAGCACUUCGACGGGCAUCUCGGAAGAAUGGGGCUCGGGGUGGAAGGGCGGCAGCGGUACGAACUUUCUCGUUGAGGUCGAGGAGACAGCUGCCAUGUCGCCGCCAAAUGUUGCACGUGGUGGCAACAAGACAUCCGAUGAUUACAUCGGUGAACUGACCAGCCAAGAGGACUCUCAACUCAGCCAGGACACCACAGGUGCCACAAUUACCGUCAACGGCACAGCUAUCGAAACAGGUCCCAAGAUCAUAGUACGCACCGAAGAAGUCCUGAUUGUGGGUCUCGUCCUCAUCCUCUGGGUCGGUGCCAUUAUGCUCUUCUUCAAUCGCUGGGGCAAAAUACGAAUGCUCGAGCCUUAUCAGCCAAAGUUUCAGCAGCAGCAUCGCAGCUCCUGCCCCCUCGUCGACAUGGAAGCCGUCUCCGCACAUCAGCGCGCCUCCGUCUCCCGCAUGUCGAUGGGCAUGGUCCACAACCACAAUUUGAAUAUGCCAACGUGUCAAUUUGCGGCCUAUAAUCCCAGCCUCUAUGCGAAGGGUUACGCCUCGCACGUCUCUAACGUGUCGAGGCCUCGACAGAAUUCGGUGUUUGUGGGAGCGAGCACGAGUCAUUAUCUGAUGCCGAAGCCGCCGCGGAAGACGCGCUCAGCGAUGGAUCUGCACUCGAUGGUGUUGGACGAGAGCGCCGAGCAGGUGUAGAGCAUAAGAGAGGGGUGUGUGUGCGAGCGAGUGUGCAAGUGUGUGUGAGAGGGGUGUGUGCGAGUGUGCGUGAGAGACAUUAAGUAAGUCAGUGAGUAAGUAAGUAGAGAGUAGCAAAGCAAGAGUGGAAGAAGAGUUACUAUAAAAGUAGAGAGUUGAAAAGAAGUAGAAGAAUACCAACAACAACAAAAAAAACGAAAAGAAAAGAUGAAGAGAACAAUACUGUCCAACAAAUUUGCAAACUAUUUACAACGUGAUUACACUCUAAAACUCUAAAGCCACGCAAUGCUUAACAUCGAGACAGAAAAUAAGCUUUAACAUCCCCCUUCCCCUUCCCCUUCUCCCUCUCUUUCUCUUUUUCGCUGUCCAAUCUGUCUGACUUCAAGUCUCUUCUUAGUGGCUCUGUAAUUAUGCAUAUUAAGUAUACGUGAACGCAGCGUGAGAUUUUAAUAAGUAGCAUAAAGAAUAUAUUUUCCGACUCUUUCACUUUCCCUCCAUAAAUCUUGAUCAAAGCAAAUUUCUCAACAAGCAGCUGACAGCUACGACACGCCAUUUGCAGCUAGCUUGACACGUAGCUGUCAGCUAUGGCACAUCAUUUAGCUUCUGUCACGCUGCGUCACCACAAAUUAUGUUAUUACUCUGACUAGUAGAGUACUUGGCAACAACUGCAAAUAUGUAAUGUAUAUGUUAUACUCGUAACCGUCUCCCAGCUAACGACACACAAGUUAAUUGCGUUAUAUAGUGAACAAUUUUUAAUUCAUAAGCUAUGUAACAAUUGCAUCUCAAUGUUUCUCAAUGUUUAUAUAGUGCAAAGAAAAAAGCAAACACAAAAAAAAAAGAAAAAGAAAAAGAAAUUUAGUUGCUAAAGGCUCAAAUAAACCAUAUACGAGUGCAUACAUACAUACAAGUAUAUAUAUCCCGUUUCUAUUCUAUGUAUAUCUAAAUAUAUGAAACCUAUAUAAACUAUAUGUACUUAUGUUUAACUAGAAGUUUAACCUAGUAUCUUUAUCCCUAUCUAUAUCUUGUAUCUUUACCUUUAACCUUAUCUAUCAUCUAUCAUCUGUCAUCUCAAUUGCAAAUACUGCAACGCAAAGUGUUUGCAUUUCGAACGAGUCAAUUCAAUGGGUUCUCCCUCCUUUAACUUCAUUUGCAUAGUUCAUAGAUAUUAUUCUGCACAUACUUACACAAACUAUCGCUUAUCCGCUGUUCUUUCUCUCCAAUACUACAAUACAAUAAAACUCUCUUUAAAUUGUUAAGUAACUGUAUGGAAUUUCGACCAAAGAAUGAACAAACAACUAAAUGAACAACUACAACCAAAGUAUAACUAACGAAAGCUUUAAAUUUAAAAAAACC